AUGGACACUGAGGGACCAAUCGAGCCGGAUCAGACGUUCGAACCGGUAGACCAAAUUACUUGGAAAUUCAACCAGGUGAAAGGAAAUAUAGAUGCCGAUGUGCACACUGAAGCUGAUGUCAUUUCGUGUGUGGAAUUUUCACACGACGGUGAGUAUUUGGCUACUGGAGACAAAGGAGGACGUGUAGUAAUUUUUCAAAGAGAUCAAAGCGGGAAAAACACCGUGUAUUCAGCAUUCCAAUCUCAUGAACAUGAAUUUGAUUACCUGAAGUCGUUAGAAAUUGAUGAGAAAAUUAAUCAAAUCAGAUGGCUGAAAAAGAAGAACGCUGCCAAUUUCAUCCUCUCUACAAAUGACAAAACGAUCAAGCUGUGGAAGAUGAGUGAAUGA